AUGACUUCCCUCAAGAUCCCAAUUCUCCUCCUCAAAACGAAAUCGAUCCCCAAUGAUAGCUACGAAGAAUACUUCUCCAGUCCAAGCUCACUCUUUGCUCCGGUGUUUGUUCCUGUGCUCGAGCACAAGCCCAACGCUUCCAACCUUGAACAGGUAAAAAAACUGCUACAAGAGGGUGAGCUGAAAGGGAGAUAUGGAGGCAUGAUAUUCACGAGCCAACGGGCCGUCGAAGGAUUUGCGCAGGUCGUACAAGAGCUGGAAAGGGUACGAAAUCUGGCGGAGAAUGAGGAAGAGAGUAUACUGGUGGGAAAUGAACAUAGCGAAGUGGGAUCAACCCAAACUCAACUCCUGCCCUCCCUACCUCCCACCACCUCGACUCCAAUCUUUCCCAUCUAUACAGUCGGUCCAGCGACGUCUCGUACCCUGAGAACCCUCCUCUCAACGUCCCCAACCAUCCUUUCUCCCCUUCACCCGGAAAUUCUAGGCUCUGAAACAGGAAACGGUGAAGCACUGGCAAAGUACAUUCUCGAGCAUUACAGGACCCUCUUCCAGCCCCAAACCCAACUCAACACCUCCAAAACAUCACAGUCGUCAUCAAACGAUGGGGAUGCCGAGGAUUUCAACAACAAAUCUCACCCUUCCUUACCGCCCCUACUCUUUCUAGUAGGCGAACAACGCCGCGACAUCAUUCCCAAAACGCUUAUGUCCCCAUCCCUCUCGCCAGAACAACGGACUCAGGUUGAGGAAUUGGUCGUCUAUGGGACGGGGGUGAUGGAGUCCUUCCCCACGGAUCUAGACAGAGCGAUACGGAUGUGCCGAAACCGUGCUUCCACAGGAAAUACAGAUACUGAUAUCGCGAUUGACAGGAAUACCAAACGCUCCGACCCUUCGCAAUCGAAAAUCGUGAUAGUCGUGGUAUUUUCACCCUCAGGCUGCAGACAGCUACUCCGGCGCCUUGGUUUCCUAGAUGAAGGCGAUAAAGCACGGUCUCCACCUUCCGCACCUACUACUGCGCUUUCCCUCCCUCCCGAUCCCUCUUCAUCAGCAGCAGCACCACCACUACAAAAUCUGACACUCCUCAAACACCAGCAAAGCGGUCAGACUGGCUCAGCAUUGGCCUCCUCAAUCGACCUAUCAACAACAGGGAGGCCAAGAUACAUCAUCGCCACAAUAGGCCCAACAACCUACGCCUACCUGCAAACCUCCUUCAAUUACCAAGCGGACCUCUGUGCAGAGACGCCUAGUCCUGAGGGGGUGGGGAAGGGGGUUGAGGCAUUUCUAAGAAAGGAGGGUUUGCUUUAA